UUCUAUUGUUUUUCCAUCAGUUUCUAUGGACUAACCUUGGGUUUGGGGGUUGUUUUUGUUUGUUUGUUUCUUUAGCUGUUUGCCUGCUUCCUUGCUUAAGUGACUUCAGAUAACAGCAGAUCAUCACCGGGAUGGGAGUGAAUGACUUGUGGCAAAUUUUGGAGCCUGUAAAACAGCAUGUCCACUUGCAGGAUCUUCGUGGGAAGACCAUUGCCGUUGACUUGAGUCUCUGGGUAUGUGAGGCACAGACAGUAAAGAAAAUGAUUGGGACUGUCACGAAGCCACAUCUCAGGAACCUGUUUUUUCGUAUUUCACAUUUAACUCAAAUGAAUGUAAAACUGGUGUUUGUCAUGGAAGGGGAACCACCAAAGCUGAAAGCUGAUGUCAUGAGCAAGAGGACUGAGACUCGUUAUGGUCCUUCUGGAAAAGCAAGGUCUCAGAAAACAGGGAGAUCACAUUUUAAGUCAGUCUUACGAGAGUGCCUUGAAAUGCUAGAGUGUCUAGGAAUCCCCUGGGUCCAGGCUGCCGGGGAAGCUGAGGCCAUGUGUGCUUACCUUAACACCAGUGGCCAUGUGGAUGGCUGCCUCACCAACGACGGCGAUGCGUUCCUUUAUGGAGCCCAGACUGUUUACAGGAAUUUCACUAUGAACUCAAAGGAUCCACAUGUUGACUGUUACACGGCAUCAUCUAUCAAGAGUAAGCUAGGCUUGGAUCGUGAUGCUCUGGUUGGCCUGGCGGUACUUCUUGGUUGUGAUUAUCUUCCAAAGGGAGUGCCUGGAGUUGGAAAAGAACAAGCAUUAAAACUUUUGCAGAGUUUGAAAGGUCAAAGUUUGCUUCAGAGGUUUAACAAGUGGAUUGAAGAACCUUGCUACUCUAUUCCACAACCAGCAGCUAAAAAAGUGAUUCACUGCUCUGUGUGUUCCCAUCCAGGUUCACCUAAGGAUCAUGAACGUAAUGGAUGUACGUUAUGUAAAAGCAAUAAAUACUGUGAGCCACAUGAUUACGAAUACCGCUGUCCCUGUGAAUGGCACCAGACAGACCAUAAUAGGCAACUAAAUGAAAUAGAAAAUAAUAUUAAAAAGAAAGCUUGCAGUUGCAAAGGAUUUCCAUUCCAUGAGGUCAUCCAGGAAUUCCUUUUGAAUAAGAAUAAAAUGUUGAAACCAAUCAGGUACCGAAGACCUGAUUUAUUAUUAUUUCAGAGAUUUACUGUUCAAAAAAUGGAGUGGCCCGGUCACUAUUCAUGUGAGAAAUUGUUGGUGCUUUUGACCCACUAUGACAUGACAGAAAGAAAACUUGGUAGAAAGAACACUAAUCAACUGCAGCCAAUUAGAAUUGUUAAGCCCCGAAUCAGAAAUGGAGUCCGUUGUCUUGAAAUAGAAUGGGAAAAGCCUGAACAUUAUGCAAUGGAAGAUACAGAAUCUGGAGAACUGGAUCUCCUUACAGUUGAAGAAGCAACACUGUUUGAAGCAGCCUAUCCUGAGGUUGUUGCUAUCUACCAGAAACAACAGUCAGAAACUAAAGGGAAGAAACAGAAGAGUAUGAAUAAUAAGCCUAAAGGAAGCCGCUUACCAGAAUCAGAUGAUCUAAUCAGUUCUCAGCCACUUAUGGCUUCAAAACCUGCAUCUAAAGUCUUCCCCAAGCAAAAUCCCAAAAUUAAUUGGGAAAUUUCUCCAGAUCCUGUUUUAACACAGGAAUCUACUUCUCCUUCAUUGAAUAGUUCUGUUUUCACUGAAAAUGCUCCCUGUUUGAAGUUUCAAGAACAGUUCAUGCCUUUUUCAGGACCUUUGCUUGUAAAGCAAACUAAAGAUGUCAGUAAUUUUCUAGUUCCAGAAUGUAGUCAGCCCAGCUCUUUAUCCGAUAAUAUUUCUGUGAUUGCUGAUCUGCAGUUGAGUACCAUUGACUGGGCAGGUACUUCCUUUAGUAAAUCUCCAGCUGUUCAAAGAAACACUUUCUCUCAAGAUGUACAAUACAAACCUGAGUCAUCAGCCAUCCUUCCUGGCUUCCAACAGUUGUCAUGUGAAUCAGAACAAUGUACCGAAAACAAGGAAGUGUUGGGUAGAGACCUUCAAAAGACUAGUCCUGAAGAACAUCUCCUUUCUGGAGUCUCUGGUUUACAUCUUCAUGAUUUGCCUCUAAAGGAACGAAUACAUUUAAAAUUCUCAUGUCCUAAGUAUAAUGUAGGAGCAGAUGCUGACCUGGAAAGUUCGCCUCUAAAAGUGAAAAGCUCUUAUAUUGUUGACAGUAGCUCUGGUGGCUUGUCGAAUUUCUCAGAACAUCCUGCAGAGCUACGUCUGCACAAAGAGUCCAAAAACUUGAAAGUGCUAGACAGCCAACUCCUUCAAGAAAACUGUACAGUGACUACUUCCUUUCCUUAUUCUUUCAAUGAUGAAGCAAUAAAGACUUCCAGUCUUCAAGUUGAUCUGCCAACUGCUGCUAUACCUCAUAAUCCAAAAGUUGUUGAGAAAACUGCUAAGAGCCUUGUCGUGAAGAACAGUGUUUGCCGAGAGAGAGAUUCCUCAGAUGAGGAAAGUCCUCCAGUGUCCUUGAGGGCGAAGUAUACUGCUCCAAAUAUGAGACCCAGUGCUCAGAAGCAUAGCCUAGUCCGUGGUAGAGACAGUGCUCACAACAAGACCAGAAAUCCUCAAGUACAAUCUAAAGUAACCAAACUCUUCACCACAUCUUAUAAAACAGCUGCAGAUGAAGAAAAGGGGCUCUCAGAGCCACCAGGAAGUCCUCAGACUUGCCUAUGUUCUCAUAAGAAAGAUGAGGGCUCUGCUGCCUGCUGGGAAAGUCCUCUCCCUUUACGCCAGAGGUUAAAACUCAGGUUCCAGAACACUUGACAUGGAUUUUAUAAUGCUUAA